AUGGAAAGUGGACAGAGCAAGGAAGCACCCUCGAAUGCUUCACCGUCAUUGGUCACAAAGCUGUCGGCUUUUAAGAGACCGAUAGUUCCCCCGUUGCACCUCAGUGUCCUGAACAAGCGUCAAGUCCUAUUCAGAGUCUCACCUCGCCAAAACGACGACGUAAGCUUCGGAGGCAGGAGGAAGUUCAUGGAAGACACUCACAGGAUCGCUCCUUGUUCCUCGCUGGAAGCUCAAACAAGAGUUUCUUUGGAGUUUAUGAUGGUCAUGGAGGGAGGUUUUGUCCCCUUCAAAGGAGGGUCGUGGCGAGUUCUUGGAAUACUGGCUGUUUCCAGAAGCAUCGGAGAUUCAUACCUAAAGAAAUGGGUGAUCGUUGAACCGGACACAAGAAUACUCGAACUGGAAGAAGAUAUGGAGUUCCUCGUCUUAGCUUCUGAUGGGCUUUGGGAUGUUGUUAGCAAUCAAGAAACAGUUGACACCGUGUUGCUAGCUCAGAGGAAGACGACUAGAGAAGAAAGCGACGAUGAGAACUUGACUCCGGCGAGUUUCGCUUCGUUGAAGCGGAUGAAGAUAAACUCCGCCGAGUCUUCCUGGGCCAAGGCGGCUUGCAAAGAGCUCGUGGACUUGGUCGUGAGUAGAGAAAGUGUGGAUGAUAUCACAGUGGUGAUCAUUGAUCUAGACCACUACAAAUGCUGA